AUCUCACCAACUCAGUUCAGGUCCGAAACUCAGUGGAGCUUGCGAACAUGAAGGCGUUUGUGGUGUUGUCGGUGGCCCUGGCCAUCGCAUCCUGUGCGGCAGUCGAGCAAGAAGCAUCCAAGAAGGACAAGCGUGGCCUGUGGGAGCUCGCGGAUAACCAUUACGGAUUUGAUGACUACGCGCAUCAUCACACCAAGGUGCAUCACCACACCAAGGAGAUCGUUACGAAGCACGUGGACCGACCGUAUCCGGUUGAGGUUGUGAAGAAGGUCCCAUACCCAGUUGACCGACCGUAUCCAGUGCAUGUCGACCGUCCUUACCCAGUGGAAGUGAUCAAGAAGGUUCCAGUGGUUGUUGAAAAGAAGGUUCCGUAUCCAGUGGAAGUGGUCAAGCAUGUCGACCGUCCUUACCCAGUGGAAGUCGUCAAGAAAGUCCCAUAUCCAGUGGAAGUGAUCAAACAUGUUGACCGUCCUUACCCAGUUGAAGUGAUCAAGCAUGUUGAUCGUCCAUACCCAGUUGAGGUCGUCAAGAAGGUUCAUGUUGACCGUCCCGUCCCAUAUCCAGUGGAAGUUGUCAAGCAUGUUGACCGACCAUACCCCGUUGACCGUCCCGUCCCAUACCCGGUUGAGGUUGUCAAGAAGGUCCCAGUUGUUGUGGAGAAGAAGGUUCAUGUUGACCGUCCCGUUCCGUAUCCAGUGGAAGUGAUCAAGCAUGUUGACCGUCCCGUCCACGUUGACCGACCUGUCCCAUACCCAGUGGAGGUCGUGAAGAAGGUCCCAGUCCAUGUUGACCGCCCUGUCCCUUUCCCGGUUGAUCGUCCGUACCCCGUGGAGGUCGUCAAGAAAGUCCCGUACCCGGUUGUCCAGAAGGAGUUCGUCGAAGUGCCGAAGCCUUACGCAGUUCAUGUCGAGAAGCCCGUCCCAGUGCUCGUCGAGAAGAACCAUCAUCACCACGUCGAGAAGCACUGGGAUCAGUACUGAGUGGUCUGAGUUUGUGAGAUCGAAUGAGUAAUAAAUGUUAAGUUUUGUACAGCAAUGAACAA